AUGGCGACACCGACGAACGAGAUCAAGAUGGACGAGAGGAAAUCCGCCGAGAUGAGCAUUGCGGACGCAGACGUCAAGGAGGGAGAGAUCCGAGAGCUCGACCAAGCCGAGAUCUUCCUGCGCACGCACAACAUCUCCCACGAUGACCUCGAUGUGCUGCUGGCGGACUCGGAAGGAAUGCGGAAGCUGGUUCGCAAGGUCGAUUUCAUGUUGAUGCCUCUGCUAUGCGGAACGUACCUGCUACAGUACAUCGACAAGCAAUCGCUCACCUACGCCGCCGUGUUUGACCUCUUCGCAUCGACGGGCACCGAUUCCAAGCAGUACUCUUGGCUCGUGAGCCUGUUUUACUUUGGAUAUCUGGCGGCGGAAUGGCCCAUGUCGUAUGUUGCCCAGAAGCUCCCGACGGGCACCGUCGUGUCCGUCAGUAUCAUCAUCUGGGGUUCUCUUCUGAUGUUGAUGACGGCGUGUCACGACUUCGCUGGUCUUGCCGUCUGCCGAUUCCUCCUGGGCGUGUGUGAGAGCUGUAUCACUCCUGUCUUUAUGAUGAUCGUGCGUUGUCCCCUCUUUCAACAAUCAUCAACACGCUGACUUUCUGCUUCAGGUCGGACAGUGGUACCAACGAAAACAACAAUCCUCCCGAGCCGGAGCAUUCUACUGCUUCAACGGCGUCGGCGCUUCGGUAGGAGGCAUCCUCUUCUUCGCCGUCGGACAAGCCAAGGGCUUCGAGAUCUGGAGAGCCAUUUUCCUCCUCGCAGGAGGCUGCACGGUCGUCUGGGGCGUCGUGCUCCUGAUCUAUCUCCCAAACAACAUCAUGACCGCCAAACGCUUCUCGCCCCAAGAGAAAGCCAUGCUCAUCGCUCGAUCCCAGCAAAACCAGACGGGAAUCUUCAACCCCACCAUCAAGACAUCGCAAGUCAAAGAGGCCUUGCUCGACCCGCAGAUCUGGCUCCUGUUCCUGUUUGUCCUGCUGAACGAGACCAUCAACGGCGGUCUGGCCAACUUUUCCAAACUCAUCAUCAAAGGCCUCACCGGCGGACAAGCUCUCCUCACCACGGCUUAUGGGAUUCCCACCGGGGCAUGGCAAGUCUUCUUCGUGUUCAGUGGACCGUGGCUGGCCGGGAAACUCCCAAAUGCAAGGACGCUCAUCAUGCCACUGUACAUCAUCCCCACCAUCCUGGCCACGUCUCUGCUCUGGAAGCUCCCUCACACCGACCAGAACAACAAGGGUCUGCUGGUGGCUUGUUAUAUCUGUGGUUCCUACGUGGCAAGUCUGGUCAUUGCUCUCCAGCUGCCGGCCAACAACGUGGGAGGUUACACGAAGCGAGUGACGGCAACUGCCUUCGUCUUCUUGGGUGAGACCCAUCUUUCCUCCAACGCGUUCGUUCUCUGCUAACAGACCGCCAGCGUAUUGCGCGGGCAACAUCAUCGGUCCCCACGCUUUCCUCGAAUCCGAGGCUCCCACGUAUCCCACCGGCUGUACCGUCUCGAUGGCUUGCGCAGCCGCGCAGAUUGUGAUCUCUUUCUGUCUCCGCGCACUGCUAAUUCGGCGGAACAAGCAGCGGGAUGCUCUGUACGGGCCUCCUCGCCCCGCGACGGGGGAGAUGGAAGACCGGACGGAUUUCGAAAAUCCAGACUUUAGAUACUCGUAUUGA